GGGUUGUGUCGCCGCCUGUCCAGCUUUGGACUAGAGGCCUGCUGAGUGCCAAGGGCUACAGUCCCAUCCACAAAAGACACACUCACUGUCACACUAAUCACUGUAAACUUUCCACUCCUCUUCUGUGUCAAAAGCAUCAGAAUAGCUGUGCGAGAAAAUGGCAAGCCACAGAGACCCACGCUUCAUGCACAACCUGUCCUACCACCCGCGAUGGCAGCACAACUCAAUAAAAGACAAGAGAAAAAGACUUAUACGGACAGUUGUUACAAACAGCUGCAGUGGGUAUAGUCAAUUUAAAUCAUUACCAGCAUCAUCAUCAUUGUCAUCAAGAUCACUGUCAUCAAAACCACAGUUGCCAUCUUCCCCUGUGCAACGCUCCAAGAGCUGGUGGGGGAACUGGCUUGUUCUCCCCUUAAUCAUGCUCUCAUUUCUGCCCUCUCAAGCCUGGGCGACCACUUUCAAGGUGGCCCUGGUUGGACCCUGGACGUGUGACCUCUUAUACUCUAAAGCCCUACCUGACAUGGCAGCCCGACUCGCCACAAGCCGCAUAAAUAAGGACCCCCACCUAAACAAAGGCUACUGGUAUGACUACACACUGAUCAAUGAGGAUUGCAAGUCACCCCGUGCCCUUGCUCGCUUUGGUGAGCUGCAAGGUUAUGGUGCUGCUUUCCUGGGUCCCGCCAACCCAGGAUACUGCUCCUCAGCUGCUUUGUACGCAAAAGAGUGGGAUGUUGGGAUUCUUUCCUGGAGUUGCCUCAAACCCAACAUGAAAAAAGGAGGGAUGUACCCCACCUUUCUGAGGCCACUGCCACUGUCAUCCCGGGUACUUUUUAGUGUGUUGCGGUUCUUCCAGUGGGCUCAUGUGGCCAUAAUCUCAGAAGAGUCGGACCUGUGGGAAGCCACAGGACAGGAGCUGGCCUCUUCACUGAGGGCCCUGGGCCUUCCUGUCAACCCUGUAGUAACUAUGGAGGCCGACAGGGAUGGGCCUCGUAGAGCCCUGACAAAAGUUCGAGAAACAGACCGGGUCAGAGUGGUCAUCAUGUGCAUGCCCUCUGUCCUGAUCGGUGGUCAAACCCAGUACCAACUUCUGACAACAGCACUAUCCAUGCGUAUGAUCGACCGUGGCUACGUGUUCAUCCCCUAUGACACCCUCCUGUACUCACUACCCUACAAAGAUACAUAUUACUAUUCUCUUGGCAAUGACACCAAUCUGCGGAAAGCCUAUGAUGGGGUAAUCACCAUCACUGUGGACUCUGGAGAACGCAAUUUCCAUGAGGCUUUCAAAGAUGCUCAGAACAGCUAUGAGAUCCGCAGCAGCACCCCACCAGAGGAGGUUUCUCCAUUCUUUGGCACCAUCUACAACAUGAUGUAUUACAUAGCAAUGGCUACUGAGCAGGCACGCGCUAAUGGGGGCCGCUGGGUAACUGGUCAGAUCCUGGGCGAAAGUGAGGGUGGCUUUGAAUUUGAAGGCUUUAAUCAGCCCUUGUGGGCCGGCAGGAAUGGUGAAGGCAUGCAGGCUCGCUAUGUAGUGCUAGACUACAGUGGCAUUGGAAACACGCUCUACUCCACUCAUUCUCUGGAAGCAGCUCAUACAGAUGGCGCGUCUGGGAACUUGAAGUUCCUUGGUCGUUCGAUCCAUUUUGCAGGCAGUACACCCUACAGAGACUCAGGCUGCUGGUUUAGCCCCUACUUUGCCUGUACUGGAGGCAUGGAUUCAGUCACUAUGUUCUUCCUUCUCCUUCUGUUCAUUGGAUUGGCUGGUUGUGGAGUCGGCGUCUUACUUCGUCUCAAGAGAAGCGGCAGGAUCGGGUUCAGCUUUGGUGGUGGUGGUAGUGGUGGAUCAUCAAGGGUAGUUCUGACCCUGGAUGAUCUGGUCUUCAUCAACACUCAAGUCAGCAAAAGGAAGCUGAAUGAUGAAAGUAUCAUGAAAAGCCAGCUGGAUAUGAAGACGCCUCACCACUCUGUGUCAGGGCGCAGCUACUUGGCCUCAACACCAGACAGCUCGAAUGUUGCGGUGUUCGAGGGUGACUGGGUUUGGUUGAAGAAAUGUCCCAGUGGAUCAGUAUCAGGUGUCAAUAGCAGCACUGAGCUUAUCUUUGUCAGGCUCAGAGAUAUGAGGCACGAGAACCUCAAUCUGUUUCUGGGAUUGUUCUUCGACUCUGGGAUCUUUGGUGUUGUGACUGAGCACUGCUCUAGGGGCAGCUUGGAAGAUCUGCUCAACAACGAGGAUGUGCGUCUUGACUGGAUGUUCAAGUCUUCACUGUUAAUGGAUCUGAUCCGGGGAAUGAAGUACCUGCACAAUCGUGACAUCAUCCAUGGACGGCUCAAAUCCCGUAACUGUGUGGUAGAUGGGCGCUUUGUGUUGAAGGUGACUGAUUAUGGGUACAGUGAAGUUUUGAUUUGCCAAAGCAUUGACACUGAGCAAGAAAAGCCAGAAGAUCUGCUUUGGACCGCUCCUGAGCUGCUGAGAAGUUCUAGUCUGAUGAAGAGGGGAUCAUUCUUAGGAGAUGUCUACAGCUUCGCCAUUGUUAUGCAGGAGGUCAUCUCUCGCUCUGCACCUUUCUGCAUGCUGGACAUGCCUCCGAAGGAGAUUAUCAGCAAGGUCAAAGAGCCUCCUCCCUUGUGUCGGCCUGUUGUGUCAGUGGAUGAGGCCCCCUUGGAUGUGAUACAGGUGAUGAAACAGGCCUGGAGCGAAGAGCCAGACAAGAGGCCGAGCUUUGAGGAGAUUUUCAAACAGUUCAAGAGCAUCACCAAGGGAAAGAAGACCAACAUUAUCGACUCUAUGCUGCGCAUGUUGGAGCAGUACUCCUCCAACUUGGAGGAUCUGAUCAGAGAGAGGACAGAGGAGCUGGAGGUGGAGAGGCAGAAGACUGACAACCUGGUGGCUCAGAUGUUGCCCAGGUCUGUGGCCCAGGCGCUGAAGACAGGCAAGCCUGUCAAACCUGAGCAUUUCAGCGAGGUCACUCUGUACUUCAGUGACAUCGUGGGCUUCACCACCAUCUCAGCUCUCAGUGAGCCCAUCGAGGUGGUUGACUUACUCAAUGACCUCUACACACACUUUGAUGCUAUCAUUGGGCUGCAUGAUGUCUACAAGGUGGAAACUAUCGGAGAUGCCUACAUGGUAGCCUCAGGAGUCCCCAACAGGAACGGCACCCGUCACGCAGCUGAGAUGGCCAACAUGUCUCUUGACAUCCUCCACUGCAUUGGGACCUUCAAGAUGAGGCACAUGCCUGAGCUAAAAGUCAGGAUCCGUAUUGGGCUGCACUCUGGCCCAGUUGUAGCAGGAGUAGUGGGUCUUACAAUGCCUCGGUACUGUCUGUUUGGAGACACUGUCAACACAGCAUCUCGAAUGGAGUCCACAGGGUUGUCUUACAGAAUCCAUGUCAACCAAAGCACAGUUGAUGUCCUGAACAGCUUGAAGCUGGGAUACAAAAUUCAAGUCAGAGGCAUGACAGAGCUAAAGGGGAAAGGUAUUGAGAACACAUAUUGGUUGGUCGGGAGGGAAGACUUUGACAAACCUCUGCCUAUUCCUCCAGACCUUCAAGGUGGAAGCAAUCAUGGUAUCGCUUUAGAUGAGAUACCUCCUGACAGAAGACAAAAAUUCCUGGAUCGACAGAAGAAGAUGGGCUAGCCUGAUGUUUUUCACUGAAGCCUCAGAAUUGAGAAGUGAUACUGUUUUCCAGUGAAAGAAAACGCACAUGUCUAAAUGAAAAGUGAACAGUGCUAGAUAUUUAAAUAAUCCACAAUCUACAAUAAUUCGUACUACGCUCGAAAUGAAACCCUGCACCAGUGAGUUGGAAAUUCACACUCUGGGUGUGUCAAAAUCAUUUCUAGACUAAAAUAAUCUUUCUGGGAGAUUGUCAUUCUCUUCAUUCAUAGUUUUAACACAUUGGUGCCAUGAUAAACCCUGACUCCAACAUGUAAAAAUGAGCCAAAAAGAGGCAACCAUAUUUGUUCAACAGUUGUUUUUAUACCAAAAAUAUAAGCAUACAGCAUAAUGUGCACACCAUGGUUGAUUUACAGGGCCAAAAUGUGUUGUCUUAGAAGACACCAAUUGCCUAGCAAGAGGUGAUUAUGAUGGAGGUGUCUACAAAAAGGAUCACAGUAAAGUAUCACAUGUAAUACUCAUGUACUCCAUGUACUCUAUGUAUUUGCACUGAUCUUUGUGCUUUGUAGAGAUAUUGGAGAGAUUUUAUCAUGAACAGCCUGAGGGUGGAGGCUAUUACUGCUGGACUAGUCAUCUCGGGUAUAAUAGAGUCUAUGCUGCACUCACUUUAAAAGCAUUAGCCUUUUAUAACAACAACACAGAAUUAAUACAUUAAAACAUUCUCACAGUAAUUUCAGCUGGAAACACUAGAUAGGUCAGUCAGGGUCGAGAGCUCAGUUCAAGCAUAGCUCUGAUUUUGCUUUUGUAGUGCAUCAAUGUGAUUAUUCACUCAUACGACAAAUGAAGCCAUAUGAUCCAAAAAUUGUCGAAAUAUGUCAAACAAACCAUCUGGUUUGUUUGUUAGAUUUAAUUAUUAACACAUAUUUUUUUUAAAUUUAACAUAACAUUUUGCCUACCAGGUCUUUUAACAUUUUAAUCCAUUACUGUGAUAGGCUUAUUGGUGUUGAUUUGACUGAUAGGCCGGUUUCAUUCUAACAUUCAGUGAAGUGUAUCUAAAGACAAAAAUGUGCUCUAAAAUUUUGUUUAAGUGACUAAUGCUAAUUACAAAAAUACAGAUGCAUCUGCAGACAAAAAUAAUGAAUACAUUCUAAAAUUUAAUGACAAUUCUUCUUCUUCAAAAUACCAUGAGACCCACAUGAAACUGACUUAUGAUUUGCAUCUACUGUAUGUUUCUCUUCCUAAUGAUGUCAUGAUACUACAUACAGUAUGUAUUGUUUUUUUAAUGAUGUGUGUAUUGCUUUUAACAUUAUGCUGACAUUUUCUACCAAAACAUAGAGGAUGUACACAGCAUGCAUGCAUUGUCAUUAUAGCUUCACCCACAGUGCAUGAAGCCUAUUACUGAAACAUGCUGCAUGCAUGGCUGCAUGUAUUAUAAAGCAUGCUGUGUGUUCUUCAUAGGACAGCAAUAGGUAGACCUAAUUUUUCCAAUAAACAAUGUAUCUGCUCUGCACUGAUACGCAAAACGUCAACUGACUGAAACGGUCAUCUCCAGUUAUGUGCUUCAGCAGACUGAGCCUUCAUAUGUAUCAUCAUCCUCUAAAAGGAAAAUAUCUGGCCAUUAUCCUCCCAUCACUGCCACUGCUCUGGGAUCCCAAACAGUGGCUGCAUCUGAAGGUCCUCUGAGAAGAAAUCUAAGUCCACCUCCCAUGCCCACCCCCAGAGGAUCCUUGUGGAAUUUUGCAGAACAUAUAAGGCGAGCAUGCGUAUAAAAAAAUAAAAAUAAAGGGGGAGGACUGAGUCUUCUAAGUUAUUUCUCUUUGGCCUGGGGGAUGUGCACUGUAUAUACUGUAAAUUUGUACAUAGUUUGUCUUUGUGUUCUACAGGGUUAGGGACGUUUUAGUGGAGUUUUCUUUCUGCUUGGGUUCCCUAAACCCCUAACACAACAGGAGAUAUCAACAAAUUACAACGCACACAAAAGAAAAAGCAAGCACCCUCACUCUCUGUUGACUUGCUAAUUGUCCGCUGCAGCACUGAUAUUGAAGCAACAAUAGGCAGGCAAUGUCAGCAUGUCAUUUUCCUCCGAAAACAGUUUCAGUCUGCAGACGUUUUCUCCUUGGGAGCUCAGUGCUGACCACCUCUAACAUACACAGACUUGUCACAGUAGCUCAGCGUAUAGACAAAACAAAUGACUUGAUUAUCAGGUUGCUUCUUUGUGGUGUAGUCUUUCAUGCCAUUAAGUGUUUAGCACCAGCACUGGCUCGUCAAGCAAGAUUAAACCCCUGAGGAAGAGGAAGCACAGGAUUCUGAAUGAGGACGAAGAUGAUGGGGGAAGCUGUCUUAAUGUUUCUUUGAUGGCUAUCUAAGGAACAAAAUGAGUUAUUCUAUUUCAUAGAUAGGACAUACUUUUUCUAGAUUUUUAAUCAAUUUGCCAAAUAGAUAGAUGUCAUCAAAACUGAAUGAACUGUAUUGUUCAUUUUGAAAGUGAUUUCAAUGUGUUUCUGUAAAUAAAUUAUGGUUUUAGUGAAAAUUGUGUCUCUGUAUGUUACUGCUUACUCUUAUGUGUCGAGGCUAUUAUGCCAAAGUGUGCACUGACAGUACACUAAAUUAUGAUUCAAAGCAAGUAGACCAAUGUAUCACAA